AUGAAGUCCGUGCUGUUCAGCCGCUUCUUCAUCCUCCUGCCCUGGAUCUUAAUCGUCAUCAUCAUGCUCGACGUGGACACGCGCAGGCCUGCGCUCCCUCUCACCCCGCGCCCGUACUUCUCUCCCUACGCGGUGAGCCGCGGAGGGGCCCGAGUCCCGCUCCGAAGGGGCAGCCCGGGGCGCGAUGCGGCCAAGCGCAACGAGUCUCGGCCACGGCCGCACCCCGAGCCGCCGCUGCCCACCAUCUAUGCCAUCACGCCCACCUACAGCCGCCCGGUGCAGAAAGCCGAGCUGACCCGCCUGGCCAACACGUUCCGCCAGGUGGCGCAGCUGCACUGGAUCCUGGUGGAGGACGCGGUGGCGCGCAGCGAGCUGGUGAGCCGCUUCCUGGCGCGGGCCGGGCUGCCCAACACGCACCUGCACGUGCCCACGCCGCGGCGCUACAAGCGCCCGGGGCUGCCGCGCGCCACCGAGCAGCGCAACGCGGGCCUCGCCUGGCUGCGCCAGCGGCACCAGCACCAGCGCGCGCAGCCGGGCGUGCUCUUCUUCGCCGACGAUGACAACACCUACAGCCUGGAGCUCUUUCAGGAGAUGCGGACCACACGCAAGGUUUCUGUCUGGCCAGUGGGCCUGGUUGGUGGGCGACGCUAUGAACGUCCCUUGGUGGAAAACGGCAAGGUGGUUGGCUGGUACACCGGCUGGAGAGCAGACAGGCCUUUUGCCAUCGACAUGGCAGGAUUUGCUGUAAGUCUUCAAGUCAUCUUGUCCAAUCCAAAAGCUGUAUUUAAGCGUCGUGGAUCUCAGCCAGGGAUGCAAGAAUCUGACUUUCUAAAACAGAUAACAACAGUUGAAGAACUGGAACCAAAAGCAAGUAACUGCACCAAGGUUCUCGUGUGGCACACACGGACAGAGAAGGUUAAUCUAGCCAAUGAGCCAAAGUACCUCCUGGACACAGUGAAAAUUGAGGUAUAAAUUAAAAAGAC